AUGGGCAGCGCUGCCUCCCCCAAUGCCGGUCGAUCCUCCACAUUGCUCAGAACCAUCUUUGAGACCCAGGACAUCCGCCUCAAUCUUGACGAGAUCGCUGAGGCCUGGCCCGGCGAUGAGAAGUCAACCCCGAAGGCUCUGAGCGAGCAGCUGCACAAGUACCGCAAGAACGGAAAAGGAACCAACAAGAUCACUUUUACCAUGGCAAGCAAGCGCAAGGCAGAUGACUCCAGCGCUGGUACCCCUCGCAAGAAAGCUACCCCGAAGAAGGCCACCCCCAAAAAAGCGACUCCGAAGAAAGGUGGAAUAAAGGCCGAGGCUACUGAGGAUGAGAUGGUCAUGAGAGUCCCACACUUCCUGGACUCGUACAAGCCGCUCGAUGAAAAGAUUACUUUCGAUGAUGAUACUGAUGACGAGGCAGAUGACGGUGCUAACAGCGAUGAAGUAGUCCUUUCAUGGGCUGGACGAGAGUUCUUUUUCUCUCGAAUGGUUUACUUUCUGGGGUUUUGGGAAUGA